AUGUCCGAGUCAGCCUAUACUGUCGUCAUCCACGGCAAAGAAUCAACCGGGAAACCCACUCUCAUCCCGGCCCUCAGAGCAGCCGGUCAGGUUGAAUAUGCACGUGAGGAUGAGAAUCCCACGCUCGAAGAUGCCAUCGUGGUCGGGUCCUUCGAAAAUUUCACAUUACAGCUUGCCGGGGUUGACUGUGCUACCCUCUCCACUUCGUACACAGACAAAGAUGGGGUCCACCAAGGAAUCACAAAUUUUCGGGGACUAGCCGCAUUCUACGAUCCGCCCGUCGUGGAUACGGGAAAGAAGAGCGUCUCCGACAUCGUCUCCGACAUCAUUGCUCUCACCGGCAACACCGAGAUUCCCGCACUUUCCCUCGGGCUUUCCUUGAGCAUAAUGACGACGCUGAUGCUUUGGCCGAUCGCUGCCUGUUGUUCAAACAGGAAGAUAUUCUUCUGCUGGCCACUCUGGGAUCAUUCUACGAGUCACAAUUUCUACCAAAACCUGGCUUUGUUGCUGCUAGUGACUGAACACUGA